UUAUUUAAUGAUAUUGAAUCUAUAAAUAGCAGCGUGUAUCAAUAUGUCUGAUGAAGAAUCAAUGGAUGAACCUUUGAGGCAGUCAGAAGAUAGAACAGAAAACCCAACAGACAUAUUAAAGCCGACAGCAGUUGGUUCGAAUGAGCCAAAUGAUGGCUUAGAUGAUUUAAUGGUUGAGUUGGAUUCAGAUGAAGCAUCUGCAAAUGAGAAGGAUAUGAUGAGUAUGUUUGCCAGCGUCUGGGUGAAGGUGGAAGUUGAGGAGGACUCUAAUACUAACAUGGCGAUUAACUUAAACAGCUGUAAAACUGAGCCAUCUGAUCGAAGUUUGCGUGCGAGGCCAAAUGCAGGAACAACUAAGUACCGAUUUGAUGAUGAUGAUGUAAAUAUAAAAAGUUCAGGAAAGAAAAAACCUAACAAAGUUUUAAAAUGUGAUCAAUGUGAAUACACAACAGGUUACAAGAAUUGUUUGAACAUGCACAUACUGAGUCACCACACGGACGACCGGCCGUACGCCUGCCACUACUGCGGGUAUACCACUAAGUACCCCACCUCCCUCAGUCGCCACAUACUCAUUCAGCACGAACUGAAGGACAUGCCACAGGAUGGUCAGGAAAAUGUUUACAAGUGUGACAAUUGCGACUACACGUCACAGUUCAAAUGGAACUUGAAUGCUCACAAAAGAAAGCACAAGCUGGUGAAACAGUUCAAAUGCCCCCAGUGCGACUACUGCACAGCUUACAGACAUAACUUUAUGAAGCACAGCAAAGUCCACACCGAGGGGAUAUUCUUCAAAUGUGACAAAUGCCCCUUCGUGACGCGCUUCGAAGGACAUAUCACUAGACAUUUGGCCAAAAUACACAAUGUAGUGAGUGAAAAAGCUUCCAGAUGUGACCUUUGUGAUUUUUCAACGAAGGUCCGUUGGAGGCUCAAUACCCACAAGCAAAGAAGUAAACAAGAGAAGGCUUUGCACUGCCCGUACUGUGAUUUCGUAACAUUCUACAUGUGUGAAAGUAAAAAACAUAAAGCUACACAUUAUAACAAAAUUUAUGGCACACCUGCCAGCCAUAAAGUUCAACAGAACUCAUUGACACCUACUAUUACUAAUCCAAUUGAUAAGUUGGAACCUCAAUCUCAACCGCCGACCCCUAUUUGCCGAGAAAUGGAGCCCCCUACUAGCAGUCAUAGCAAAAAGAGGGGUUCAAAUCAAAAUUAUAAAUUAGAUCCCGAUUGUUUGGAUUGGAACAGCAUUCAAGUUAUUGAGUCCGAUGAUAGGGAGAAGCCGUUCCUCUGCCACAUGUGCUCCUACACUUCUAAAUUUAAAGCAGCUGUCCAGAGACAUUUCCAAAGACACCACACCGGCACAACAAACAAACCGUACAAGUGUUGCAACUGUGAAUUUUCUACCAAAACUAAAGACCAGAUAGCACUGCACAACAAGAGAAGUAUAUCCGAGCAUCUGAUGGUGUGCAAAACUUGCGGCUUCACUACAAACUACAAGUGUCAGUAUGUGUCCCAUCAGAAGCGGGUACACUACGAAUUCAAGUGCAUGACAUGCUCCUACACGUGCCGACAAAAGUAUGAAUUACAAAAGCACUAUGCGACCAUGCACCUCGGGAAUGGACUGAAAUGUAAAUAUUGUGACUACACAUCCGCUAGAAAGGAAAGUUUACUCUGUCACGAGACCAUUCACACGGGGGACAAACCUUUCAAGUGUACCCUUUGUCCGUACAUGUCGAUCAGAAGGUCCCUACUCGAGAACCACAUAAAGAGAUAUCAUAGUGAGCAAACUAAGGAUGUUACAAUUAUAAGUGAUGAUAAAAUAGAAUCUUUGAAGGUAUCUCUGCCUCCGGAAACAUUUGCUUCUGGUCUGGCUUGUGAGAGCAAAUAGAUAGUAGCAGCAGAUAGAUUUUCUCGCUAACUGGCAGCAUAUGAUAUUUAAGAACAGAUAAAUAUAUAUAUAUAUAUAUA